CCGUUUCACAGUGAGUGUAGAGUCAUUGCCCACUUUUUCAGUUUUACUAAUUCUUCGCCUUUAUUUGUUACCCUCUUCACUACUCUGUUGCCAAAUCUUCGAUCACUAUACUCAAUUCAGUUCAACCAUUACCUAACAAAAAAAAAAUGGGAAACUCGUUGCCAAAUUCCCCCCAAAUCACACCACCUCAAAAUCAUCAUCAACAGCAAGAGCUAGGAGGAGAAGAAUCCGAAGACGAGAGCAGCGAAUUCACCUGCGAAAUCUGCGUGGAGCCGGCGCCGAAAUCGGAGAAAAAGUUCCGCAACGGCGGAAAAUGCCACCACCCAUUCUGCACCGACUGCGUGGCCAAGUACAUCCGCGUGGAGGUGGAGGACCACAACUCCGGGCGCGUGAGGUGCCUCGCCGUCGGCUGCCGCCACGAGCUGGAGCCGCUGGAGUGCGCGGAGGUGGUCGGGACGGCUCUGCUCGUGCGGUGGUGCGACGUGCUGUGCGAAUCGGCGAUCGGAGGGGUGGAGAGGUGCUAUUGCCCUAAUGUGAGGUGCAACGAGCUGAUCGUGAACGAGUGCGGCGAGGUGGCGGGAAAAUCGAAGUGCCCUAACUGUAAGGAGAUGUUCUGCUUCGCGUGCAAGGGGAAUUGGCACGCGGGGUUCACGUGCGAGGAGAGCGUGGAAGACAGGGAUGGGGGUGACGUGGCGUUUGGGAGGCUGGUGGAGCAGAAUAAGUGGAGGAGGUGCCCGCGCUGUAGGCAUUUCGUCGAGCUCGUGGAGGGCUGCCCUAUUGUUAGAUGCAGAUGUGGGAGUGAUUUUUGCUACCGGUGUGAAGUGGUGGUUGAUAAGCCGUGGUGCCGUUGCAUGACCACUUCUCUGCGGCAUUGCCGUGUUUGGUGCUACAGAAUCUGUAUACUUGUGCUCUUCCUCAAUAUUGUGCUUCUUUUCUGCUUGUGGGGUGUUGUGUGAUUGAUUGUAGAAUAUGAUAUGGAGCUUAAUCGAGCUCAUUGUUAGCUAAUAUGAAGAAUUAAUGAAUGCAUGGAGUAAUCUGAGCCGUCAGAUGCAGAUUAGUUAGCUGAUGUAAUAUUAGCAGUUAGAUUUGUUUGAGAAGUUAGAUUUAUUUGAGAAGUUAAGAAGGGACUCAAAGUACAAUAAGAAACUAUUCUGUAUCUUCGAUUUCUUUCUUCCGCAUUCUGAAUAAAGAUUUCCUUUCUUUGA